UUAUUUUUCAUAUAAUUUUCUUAUUAAUAUUUUGAAUAGGCAUGUUUACGACCCGAGGCUGUGUUGUCUACUUCCGGCUGGUGUUGAAUGCGUCAACCGAGAACCACCCCAUCCCCUCUUUACCUGCCGUAAGACCUUCCUCCAGAACACAAUCAUCAAGGUGUUCAUGUGGAUGCUCGGGCUUAGUGCUCUAUUCGGGAACGCCUAUGUCAUCUACCGCAGGAUGCGAACCAAGUCUCAAAGCACCGUAGCUUCGAUUCAGUCCAUUCUGAUCACCAACUUGGCCGUGUCGGAUUUCCUGAUGGGUGUUUACAUGAUCAUCCUGGCGGUGAUGGACAUCUACAUUGGAGAAUCUUACUUCUGGGAAGGCAGAUCUGAGGAAUGGCGGAGGAGCAAUACCUGUCAGAUUGCAGGAUUCAUCUCCGUCCUGAGCAGUGAGGCAUCUGUCUUUUUGAUCACCCUCAUUUCAGUCGAUCGCUUCAUCUGUAUCUUGUUCCCGUUCAGUCAAAGACGUCUAGGUGUCCUCUCCGCACGUGUGUCUGCCGCCCUCAUCUGGUCCGUAGCCAUCCUGUUGAGUAGCAUCUCUAUCGUCUUCAGCUAUAUCAACACCGAUGCAUACAGCCUCAGUGAUGUCUGCGUUGGCCUUCCACUGAUCCGCAAGCACAUUGGUCUCUACGCCGCAGUUGACACCUACGGUCAAUCUCAGUAUGGCAUAUCCGAAUUCUCCAUCGUCGCCGGAGCUUCGGUGUCGACCUGGCAGUAUUCCAUCGCUCUCUUUCUCGGUGUCAAUCUCAUCAGUUUCAUCGUCAUUGCCAUCUGUUACAUCGCCAUCUUCAUCAGGGUUCGCCUGAGCGCGCGGGAGGUCGGCCGGCAGAAGUCGAAGGCCGCGGAUGAGGUGAAGCUGGCCAUGAAGAUGUCGCUGAUCGUCGGGACGGACUUCUGUUGUUGGAUGCCUAUCAUUAUCUUGGGUAUCCUGGUUCAGGCAGAUCUCGUAAAGGCAUCCCCGGAUGUUUAUGCCUGGCUGGUUGUGCUCAUACUUCCUAUCAACUCAUCUCUAAACCCAUACCUCUACACCAUAGUUGAAAGAGUGUCGUCUAAAUAGAAAGCUCAAUUUGGUUGCGUCUGAUGUACUUCAU